AGAGCGUCAGCCAUGGCGAAGGAGGAGUCGCAAGCUCGAUCCGGCAGCUUUGAUCGCUAGAAAAUGGCCGAGGUAUCAUCCUGGGUGCCAGCGCUCCAUCAGCUUCCGGGAGGCGGCGGCGUCCAGCAGAGAUCUUCCUUGCAGGGAUCCAAGCGCCUUGUCCCGCCAUUGGCACUCCAUAAUCUCAAUGCCGCUGCCGCCGCGAGUCCUGGGCAUGGAUCUCGGAGCGCAACGCGGUCAGGAGGAUCGUGGCCGGGGACUGGAAUUGGGAGUAGAUCGUCGGUGGUAUUGCAGCCGAGGGAGUUUCUAGAUUCCAUCUUGCAGGGCAGCCAGUCCGAUCAUCAUACCCCACGGCCGCCUCCGCGACCAUCUCCUCGCGUCACGGCCUGGAAGAAGAAAGCCGCGGUGUUUGGGAGGAUGGAAUGGGACACACUGUCUUCGUCACACAGGAGGACUACUUCGCACAGGCUUCCAAUCUCUACACAACGAACAAGUUCUUCUGGUCGACCAGAUGCAAAGAGAAAGAUUGGAAGAACAAUGGCUCCUUCUAUGUUUGCCAAGACGGACGCAAAGAAUCUCCUCAGCCUUUACCAGCGGCAAGCAAACCAUUACGUAGAAACUUUCAAAAGGCCGCCUCCUCCGUCCCGCACAGUUCCUUCGUCGUUUCCAGGCUAUCGGUUGCACCGAAGGAUUCAAGGGACAUGGGCUUAUCAGCCUCCAGACACACGCCAAAAGGCUUUGAACGAGUGGUUUGUCAAGCAUAUGAAGAGGCCCCCUCCUCCCAUCGAGAAAGUUCACGUUGCGUUUGGAAAAGUGACUUAUCCUUUCCAGUUUAGUACGCGGAAGAAGAAGCCAGGCACCGAAGUUCCAGAGCCGGUUAUAGAGCCUCCCAAGAUGACGUUGAUCCCUCGCAAGAGUAAGCCUUUGAUCGUUUUCUUCUUACGAGUCUGCUCGUUCUCUCUCAGGCUCAGUGUCUCAACAACAACCACAGCCCGGCACUGAGGCUCCACAAGCGGCAUGAUCGACAGCGUUUGCGAUAGCCUUCCUUUCCAGUUUCUACGCUUGAAACGCUUGCUCCAGAGAUAGCCUACCGUCCGCGCAGACUGGUUCGAUUUCAUCGUCUCUUUGGCUCCGGACAGCCAGGUGCCUCUAGAAGUUGUUAGUGACAUGGAUCUCUUCCGCAGGACCAGGGACGAUUCUCAAGUCGUGGACUGACCCAGCGAGUAGGACUGGAGCUGUCUCACAGCAGCACCAACGAUUGCAAACGCUGCAGCACUGGGAGGCUCCGACCCAUGUAGCAAAAUUCCCUCCAUCUGUUCAGCCAGGGUCCAGCCAAGGUCGCCUCUCCUACCGAAAUUCUGCUUCGUUUCACUACGGUUGAAGGCCUGGUAAGGAGGAAAGAAGAAAGAAUCAGAGCAAACAAACAAAGGGAAAGCUGAAAGAUACCUCGGCUUCUUGCUCGAUCGUGUCACGUCCUGCGAGGAGAAUCAGUUGCUCGGAUCCUCUCGAGCAAGUCCAGCUGGGAGCGGGGCAUGGAUAAGGAGAGCUGCCGCAAUAAGUUGUGGAGAGCGUCCUCGACUCCGAGAGAUUGCCUUCCAUGGAGGAAGGAUCGGUGCGAGCUCCAACUGCGCUGUGCCUCGACGCUUCCAGCUUCAGCACUUCGGAAGUUAAGCUGGCUGUAAUCGAUCCCACCGCAUCGUGAUCUUCCGUCACUGCUGCCGCCACCGAAAUUGGAGAGACCAAGGUGGCCAACCUCCUGUCCUUGCGCAGCGAUGGGUUCUUCUUCCUGUCCACAAUGUGAAAAGUCCCAAGAGGCGUUGGCUUCUC